AUGACUAGGCCGCCGCCGAACAAUCCCCUGAUCGCAGUCAUCGGCGCGACUGGGACAGGCAAAUCACAACUAGCCGUCGAACUUGCGAAGCGCUAUAAUGGCGAAAUCAUCAACGGCGACGCCAUGCAGCUCUACGCUGGUCUGCCGAUCAUCACGAACAAAAUCACGGCUGAGGAGCAGCAGGGCAUCCCGCACAAUCUCCUGGGCUGUAUAGGCCUACAUGAGCAGACAUGGGUCGUAGGAACGUUUGUCAAGAAGGCACUGGGUGUCAUGGAGGAUAUACGGUCGAGGGGCAAGCUGCCAAUACUUGUUGGAGGAACGCACUAUUACACCCAAAGCCUGUUGUUCCGCGACCGGUUGGCAGAGAAAGAGGGGGGCAGUGAGUCGAAGGAGUUUGUCCCUGACACGAAGCAGCAAUGGCCGAUUUUGGAUGAGCCGACAGAAGUGCUACUGGACGAGCUGCGCCGUAUCGACCCAGUCAUGGCAGAUCGUUGGCACCCGAACGAUCGCAGGAAGAUCCAGAGAAGUCUAGAGAUCUAUCUGCAGACGGGAAAGAAGGCUUCGGAUGUGUAUGCUGAGCAGCGUCAGCUGAAGGCGGGUCAAAACGUUGUGCUCGACGGAGACGGUCAUGCUGGUGCAGCCGAAACGUCGAUGCGGUUUCCAGCGCUCAUCUUUUGGGUCCACGCUCAGAACGACUCCCUUCGUGACCGCCUAGACGGACGGGUGAGCAAGAUGAUGGCCGAUGGCCUCCUUGGUGAGGUCAGGGAGCUCUCUGCUUUUGCGGAAGGACAUGCCGCUGAUGGGGUUGAUAUUGAUGAGACCAGAGGCAUCUGGGUCAGCAUCGGAUACAAGGAGUUCAAGGCCUAUACGACAGCUCUGCAAAACGGCAGCGCCAGCGAUCAGGAAUUGAGGAAGCUUAAGGCUGAGGCUAUCGAGAGGACACAGAUUGCGACCAGACAAUAUGCAAAGCGGCAGUUACGCUGGAUCCGGAUCAAGCUCGUCAACGCACUCGCUUCAGAAAACGCCAGCAACAGCUUGUACCUUCUGGAUGGUUCAGAUAUCUCACAUUUUGACCCCGAUGUCGUUGGACCAGCUCUGGAGCUGACGCGCAUUUUUCUCAACGGUUCCAAUCCUAUGCCAGAUCCUGCUUCGAUGUCCAGCACAGCCAAGGACUUGCUUACACCAAGUCGAGACUACGAUCUUGCCGCGACGCCAGAGAAAUGGACACGGCAGCAUUGCGAGCUGUGCGGCGUCACUUGCAUUACCGAGGAGCAGUGGGGCAUGCACGUUAAGAGCAAGGCGCAUCGCAAGCUCAAGGCAAAGGCGAAGAAGGCAGAUGAGACUGAAGCGCGACAGAAGGACACCCAGGCGAACACUGCUACGGCACAAGCGCCUGUUGGAAAGCCGCCGUGA